CUGAACUCACUUCAACAGGUGGGGGCUCUGCUAUGAAUCAGUCUGAGGACAGAGACGAGGGAGCCCCUCCCUCUAAAUCCACUCUGUGUGGGGAACAUGAAGACCAGACCAGACCAGAGCAGCAGAACAGACCUGGACCUGGACCUGAACAUGAACAUGAACAUGAACCUGGACCUGCUCCCAGCUGUGUGUCCCUGAAAAGUGAUACGUCUAUCCAACGAUUUGUCGAGUUCAAAGGACAGCCCUCUGCUGAAGGGGGGGUUCAUCAGCAGGACUCUGAGGGUCCCAGUGGUCAGACGAACUUGGACUCCACAUUUAGACUGCUGGAGGAGAACAUUGUCAGUUAUGUGAAGAAUGAACUGAAGAAGAUUCAGAGAGUUCUGAGCCCAGAUUACCCAGAAUGCCUAGAGAGUCAGAAUGAGGAUAAGGAGGUUUUGGAUGGUGAUGAUGAGGAGCAGAGGAGGAGCAGCAGUGAGGCUUUUCUGAAGAUCACUCUCCACUUCCUGAAAAGAAUGAAGCAGGAGGAGCUGGCUGACUGUCUGCAGAGCAGAGCUGUAGCUUCAGAGUGCAGAUGUAAACUGAAGUCUAAUCUAAAGGAGAAGUUCCAGUGUGUGUUUGAGGGGAUUGCUAAAGCAGGAAACCCAACCCUUCUGAAGCAGAUCUACACAGAGCUCUACAUCACAGAGGGAGGGACUGGAGGGGUCAAUGAUGAACACGAGGUCAGACAGAUUGAAACAGCAUCCAGGAAACCAGACAGACCAGGAACAAUCAUCAGACAAGAAGACAUCUUUAAAGCCUCACCUGGAAGAGAUGAACCAAUCAGAACAGUGAUGACAAAGGGAGUGGCUGGCAUCGGGAAAACAGUCUUAACACAGAAGUUCACUCUGGACUGGGCUGAAGACAAAGCCAACCAGGACAUACAGUUCACAUUUCCAUUCACUUUCAGAGAGCUGAAUGUGCUGAAAGAGAAAAAGUUCAGCUUGGUGGAACUUGUUCAUCACUUCUUUUCUGAAACCAAAGAAGCAGGAAUCUGCAGGUUUGAAGAGUUCCAGGUUGUGUUCAUCUUUGACGGUCUGGAUGAGUGUCGACGUCCUCUGGACUUUAAAAACAACGAGACCCUGACUGAUGUCACAGAGUCCACCUCAGUGGAUGUGCUGCUGACUAACCUCAUCAGGAGGAAACUGCUUCCCUCUGCUCGUCUCUGGAUAACUACACGACCUGCAGCAGCCAAUCAGAUCCCUCCUGAGUGUGUUGACAUGGUGACAGAGGUCAGAGGGUUCACUGACCCACAGAAGGAAGAGUACUUCAGGAAGAGGUCCAGAGAUGAGGAGCAGGCCAACACAAUCAUCUCCCACAUCAAGACAUCCAGAAGCCUCCACAUCAUGUGCCACAUCCCAGUCUUCUGCUGGAUCACUGCUACAGUUCUGGAGGAUGUGCUGAUGACCAGAGAGGGAGGAGAGCUGCCCAAGACCCUGACUGAGAUGUACAUCCACUUCCUGGUGGUUCAGUCCAAACUGAAGAACAUCAAGUAUGAUGGAGGAGCUGAGACAGAUCCACACUGGAGUCCAGAGAGCAGGAAGAUGAUUGAGUCUCUGGGAAAACUGGCUUUUGAGCAGCUGCAGAAAGGAAACCUGAUCUUCUAUGACUCUGACCUGACAGAGUGUGGCAUCGAUAUCAGAGCAGCCUCAGUGUACUCAGGAGUGUUCACACAGAUCUUCAUCAAGGAGAGAGGACUGUACCAGGACAAGGUGUUCUGCUUCAUCCAUCUGAGUGUUCAGGAGUUUCUGGCUGCUCUUCAUGUCCAUCUGACCUUCAUCAACUCUGGAGUCAAUCUGAUGUCAGAAGAAAAAACAUCCAGGAUGUCCAAAAUCUAUGGAGACAGACAUAAACUAAAACGUCUCCACCAGAGUGCUGUGGACCAGGCCUUACAGAGUCCAAAUGGACACCUGGACUUGUUCCUUCGCUUCCUCCUGGGCCUUCCCCUGCAGACCAAUCAAAAUCUCCUGAAAGGUCUGCUGUCAUGGAGAGGAUGGGGCUCACAGACCAAUCAGAAAACAGUCCAGUACAUCAAGAAGAAGAUCAAUAAAGAUCUGUCUGCAGAGAAAAGCAUCAAUCUGUUCCACUGUCUGAAUUAACUGAAUGAUCGUUCUCUAGUGGAGGAGAUCCAACAGUCCCUGAGAUCAGGACGUCUCUCCACAUAUAAACUGUCUCCUGCUCAGUGGUCAGCUCUGGUUUUCAUCUUACUGACAUCAGAAAAAGAUCUGGACGUGUUUGACCUGAAGAAAUACUCAGCUUCAGAGGAAGCUUUUCUGAGGCUGCUGCCUGUGGUCAAAGCCUCCAACAAAUCUCUGCUGAGUGGUUGUAACCUCUCAGAGAGAAGCUGUGAAGCUCUGUCCUCAGUCUUCAUCUCCCAGUCCUCUAGUCUGAGAGAGCUGGACCUGAGUAACAACGAACUGCAGGAUUCAGGAGUGAAGCUGUUGUCUGUUGGACUAGAAAGUCCACAAUGUAGACUGGAGACUCUCAGUCUGUCAGGCUGUCUGAUCACAGAGGAAGGCUUUUCCUCUCUGGCUUCAGCUCUGAGCGUCAACCCCUCCCACCUCAGAGAGCUGGACCUGAGCUUCAAUCAUCCAGGAGACUCAGGAGAGAAGCUCCUGCUGGCUGGACUGGAGGAUCCACUCUGGAAACUGGACACUCUCAGGAUGGACCAUGGUGGAAAGCAGAGGUUAAAACCUGGUGUGAAGAAGUAUUGCUGUGAACUCACACUGGAUCCAAACACAGCACACAGAAACCUCAAACUGUCUGACAACAACAGGAAGGUGACACGUGUGAAAGAAGAUCAGACAUACCCUGAUCAUCCAGACAGAUUUGACAAAUGGCCUCAGCUGCUGUGUAGAAAUGGUCUGACUGGUCGCUGUUACUGGGAGGUUGAGUGGAGAGGAGAUGUUGACAUAUCAGUGACUUACAGAGAAAUCACAAGGAAAAGAAACAGUGAUGACUGUUUGUUUGGAUGGAAUGAUCAGUCCUGGAGUCUGAGCUGUGAUGAAGGUUUCUCUGUCCGUCACAAUGGCAGUAAAACAACUGUCCCUCUCUCCUCCUCCUCCUCCUCUGUCUCUAACAGAGUAACAGCUCGUCCUCUCUCCUCCUCCUCCUCUGUCUCUAACAGAGUAACAGACCUCCCUCUCUCCUCCUCCUCCUCUGUCUCUAACAGAGUAACAGACCUCCCUCUCUCCUCCUCCUCCUCUGUCUCUAACAGAGUAACAGACCUCCCUCUCUCCUCCUCCUCCUCUGUCUCUAACAGAGUAACAGCUCGUCCUCUCUCCUCCUCCUCUGUCUCUAACAGAGUAACAGACCUCCCUAUCUCCUCCUCCUCCUCUGUCUCUAACAGAGUAACAGACCUCCCUCUCUCCUCCUCCUCCUCCUCUGUCUCUAACAGAGUAACAGACCUCCCUCUCUCCUCCUCCUCCUCCUCUGUCUCUAACAGAGUAACAGACCUCCCUCUCUCCUCCUCCUCCUCUGUCUCUAACGGAGUAACAGACCUCCCUCUCUCCUCCUCCUCCUCUGUCUCUAACAGAGUAACAGACCUCCCUCUCUCCUCCUCCUCCUCUGUCUCUAACGGAGUAACAGACCUCCCUCUCUCCUCCUCCUCUGUCUCUAACAGAGUAACAGACCUCCCUCUCUCCUCCUCCUCCUCUGUCUCUAACAGAGUAACAGACCUCCCUCUCUCCUCCUCCUCCUCUGUCUCUAACAGAGUAACAGACCUCCCUCUCUCCUCCUCCUCCUCUGUCUCUAACAGAGUAGCAGACCUCCCUCUCUCCUCCUCCUCCUCCUCUGUCUCUAACAGAGUAACAGACCUCCCUCUCUCCUCCUCCUCCUCUGUCUCUAACAGAGUAACAGACCUCCCUCUCUCCUCCUCCUCUGUCUCUAACAGAGUAACAGACCUCCCUCUCUCCUCCUCCUCCUCUGUCUCUAACAGAGUAGCAGUGUAUGUGGACUGUCCUGCUGGCUCUCUGUCCUUCUACAGAGUCUCCUCUGACACACUGAUCCACCUCCACACCUUCAACACCACCUUCACUGAACCUCUGUAUCCUGGGUUUACAAUGUGGUCGUCUGGUUCUUCAGUGUCUCUGUGUUCUCUGUAGGAGUGACUUAAGUCCUGGAGUCUUUAUGUUGGUGGACGAGCAGGGCUUAAAGUUUAAAAGCUGAUAAAUAGUUUAGUUUGACAUUAUUUUGUUUGUUUAGCACUUGUUACUAUGGAAAGCAAUAUGAAAAUGUAAAUAUGAUCCAGAGUGUGAUACAU